CACGGGGUGUGCGAGUGUGUCUGUGGCGGUGCAUCUCGAUGGGAGUCGCUGUCAGGGCUGGAACUGGCGGGAGCGCCCGGGUUGGGCCUACGCAGGGUAACUUUGACAACAUAUUUGCUUAGAAGAUUCCCGAGUUUCCUGUAUUUAAGAAUAAGUGGCACACCGCACAGAUUUCAAGAUGAGUUCCAUAAUGGAAACCCCUGAACUGCCGGCAGUAUUUGAUGGGGUGAAGUUGGCUGCUGUAGCUGCUGUUCUCUACAUUAUUGUCCGCUGCCUGAAUCUGAAGAGUCCAACUGCCCCUCCUGAUCUCCUAUACCAAGACACACCUUUGUCCCGCUUCCUGUUGAAGUCAUGCCCUCUUCUAACCAAAGAGUACAUUCCACCUCUGAUCUGGGGGAAGAGUGGGCACAUCCAAACUGCCCUUUAUGGGAAGAUGGGGAGAGUAAGUUCGCCGCAUCCUUAUGGACUCCGCAAGUACCUCACAAUGUCAGAUGGUGCAACAGCAACGUUUGACCUCUUCGAACCAGUGGCUGAAAACUGCAUUAGAGAAGAUAUCACAAUGGUAAUUUGCCCUGGAAUAGCCAAUCACAGUGAGAAGCAAUAUAUACGCACCUUUGUUGACUAUGCCCAGAAGAAUGGCUAUCGAUGCGCUGUGUUAAACCACCUUGGAGCCCUGCCAAGCAUCGAGCUGACUUCGCCACGCAUGUUCACUUACGGUUGCACUUGGGAAUUUGGAGCCAUGGUGAGCUACAUCAAGAAAACGUAUCCCCAGUCCAAGCUGGUCGUUGUAGGCUUCAGUCUGGGUGGAAAUAUAGUGUGCAAAUAUCUGGGGGAGAACCAGUCGAACCAGGACUGUGUGUUGUGUUGUGUCAGCGUGUGUCAAGGGUACAGUGCACUGAGGGCACAGGAAACCUUUAUGCAGUGGGAUCAAUGUCGGAGAUUUUACAACUUCCUCAUGGCAGACAACAUGAAGAAAAUCAUCUUGUCUCACAGACAAGCUUUGUUUUCUGAGAGCUCUAAAAAACCCCAGUGUUUAGCAGAAACAGACCUGAGCAGACUUCACACAGCAACAUCCCUCAUGCAGAUUGAUGACAACAUCAUGAGGAAAUUCCAUGGCUACAACUCCUUAAAAGAAUACUAUGAACAGGAAAGCUGCCUGCACUACUUGCAAAGAAUCUUUGUUCCCCUCUUGCUGGUUAAUGCUGCUGAUGACCCUCUGGUACAUGAUAGCCUCCUAUCGAUCCCAAGAGCACUCUCAGAAAAGCGGGAGAACGUCAUGUUUGUUUUGCCAUUGCACGGAGGCCACCUGGGCUUCUUUGAGGGUGCGGUACUCUUUCCUGAGCCCCUCACCUGGAUGGAUAAGCUUGUGGUGCAAUACACCAAUGCCAUCUGCCAGUGGGAGAAGAAUACAUCUCAGUGCUCUGAUACAGAACAAUCAUCUGGCCAAGAAUAAAAGAUCCCAAAGAGUUUUCAGGUUGUUUCACCUUAAUCUCCAUCUUCUGGAAUUCUUCUAUUCUUACCCCUGUUUUUCCGGGCCUGUUUUCUGAGCAUCUUGUUCUUGGGGUUUGACCACAGUGUUUCAUGCCAAAGCUGAGUUACAAGAGGGGCUAAGGUCUGAUUUUGAGCAACUUGGAAGUAUGUCUGAACAUUUGCAGUGCUCUCGUGCAUGGAAAGAACUGAUGCACGGUAUUGGUAGGUUGUUUGUUUCAAGUUUCUGAAACCAGUGCAGCAACCGAAGUUCCUUGAAAGGAGCGAGAAGUUUCAGUGCUCUUGACUCUCUGCUCACCCUUUCGCUGACUGGAAAACCGAACAAAAAUAACCUCAUCUGGUUUUUGCAAAACUUGUAUAGGUGUCAGUGAUGUGAGUCAGGAGUUGCAUUCUCUUUGUGGUUGCAUUUCCCCACCCCACGACCACCCCACCAGCAGGGGGAGAAAUGUAUAUCAAACUAGAAGAAACCAGCCGUUCAUGUCUGCAAGUCAACAGUAUGGGUACAAAGCAAAGGAAAAGAUACGGAGCUUUGACUUUCCAGAAUUGCAUCCCUUCGUGAGAGGGUUGUUUUUGCCCUUUCUGAUUAAUGCACUUCUAGGGUUUAGAUUGCUUUGUGAAAGUAUUUGGAGUGUUAUCUACACUUCAAUUGCUCCAGGUUUUUGGAGUGAUGGCUGAGUGUGCUGUCGGACGUUUUGCUUUUCGUUGGGACUUCGCGCAUAGACGGUUAUUGGCUUGAUCAAUCCAAUGGAUUCCCUGCUGUGUUACUACUUGAGACUUAACAAGUAGCCUUGUGAUAUUUGCCUUUUCUAAUGUAAGGAAUCUUAUUUUGACCAAGACUUCUGUGUGCUCUUAACCCAGGCCUUUUAAUAUGGUCUCUGAACAGAAGCCAGUUACUAUCAGCCUGUGGGUUGUUCAGUUUUUUGUUUUGUUUUUCUAGAGUACUUCAUAGCAAAUCAAUAUAUAUAUAUCCUCUUAGGAACUUUGUGUAUGAAGGAUAGGGAAAAUACGAUAUCAUGCUCUUUAUUGCCUCGCCCAUCACUCAUGUACACUAGUAUGACACAUAAAAAUAAAUCUUCUCCAUGUCCUGUUUUAGAGGAGUUGGGGAUUAGGUGUCAACAAUGCUAAAUAUAUUUAUUUCUGUAUUAAAUGCCUUUACAGUUACUGGAUUCUAUAGGAACCAUUUUAGAAGUCCAGUGCUCCACAUGGUAGUCCUUCAGCCCAAAGGUAUUAGCAGGAAAUGGGUGAGUGUUGCAAUAGUGUGAGAUACAAUGAAGAAGCAGUUUCUUUGCUACCACACAACUGAGGCAGAUUUCUGCACUGAACCAGAGCGUUUCUACCCUGGAAGAAAAACUGUACAACCAUCAAAAUAAUAAUUUUUUAAAAAUUGAUUAUUUAGAUGACUCUUAAGACAGUAAAACUUUGUGGUCAGACUCUACUUUUACUUCCCUUCAGAAUUGUCAGCUUUCUCUCUUGUGGCCCCCUUUCACCUCUGUUUUUACAGCAGUUUUCGUGCAUUGCAAUUCCCAUAUCAGUUAGCACUUUAUUAUUUCGACCUUUAACUUUGCUACCUAGGCACUUUAAUUAUUGUGUGGGUUUUUUUUUUGGUAUGGUUGUAUCUUACAUGGACAGGAAUUCUUUCUGAACUUGAAUGCUGUGUAGAGCUUCUCCUGCCACAUCUUUGAAAUGCAGAAAGAUGUAUGUUGUAUUCAUGGUUAUUAUUAUUUUUUAAAUUGAGCAAUAAUUAGCUACUGUAGCAAAGGUGCAUUUCUCACAUCAGGAAUCAAACUCCUUCAGCCUUAGUCCAGCAACCUAGGCCUGUUCAGCAAUCUGUGUAACCUAAGCGUAGCUUGUCAAGUGAGAGAACGCAGGUUUUUUUACUCUUCCAGAUAGGCAGAAAUGACCAAGCCAAAUAGGGCAAGAUUUGGCCAGUGAGCUUAUUCCUUCCCCCACCUCAAAACAGUAGGUUUUACAUUUUUACCCAGCCUAUUUUUAUAUUGGCCUUUAGCAUUUCUUGCUAUAUCAAUAAAGAGCCAAAAUCCAGUAUAGGGAGACUAAAACUUUAUGUGCAGCUAAACUAGAAACCUGCACUGCUUAUAGAACUACUAGGAAUUUCUCUUCUACUUGAGCAGAAUGAGAUGCUUAAAUCAAUUUCGGUUACUACAAUACAUAAAAUGGCUAAAUAAGUUAAUGUGGCAUAUUUAUCCUCAAACCACUUACAUUUUAGAAAGUAAGCUCUAUGAGGGAGUCUGUUAUUGGUUCACAUCACUUCAGUCUCUAACAUAUUAGUUUACCCUCCUCCCUGUUCUGCAGCCAUUUCUCCAAAUCCACCUUUCAAUAAGAAAAAUAGUUCCCCUUGAUCUGUUACUGAGAGCCAUCUUUCUUUCCAGCCUCACUUUUUCAAGUGUGGCUACUUUGUGGUGGAAUUUAACACAAGGAAAAUAUAAUUGAUCUAUGACAAAAUAAGACCUUGUUGCAUUUAAAACAUGUUGACCAGGUUUGGAUGACAUGCUGCAACUUAUUUAACCUAUGAUGAACAGUGGCACCCACGGGUGCCAUAUUGUAUAUCCAGUCCCUGCUUGGGGGUUGUUCUGUUGUGCGAACCCGCCAAGCAUGGGUUAAACAACCCCAUGUAACCCAUGAUCUGUUUUAUGUUAAACAAUACUCGUAUAACCCAUGUUCGCUGGAUUUGUAUUACACAAAUGGGUUACAUAUUCAAAAUGGCAGCCACAUGUGCAGCAGCCUCAUCUGGUUUAAGUAACUCAUGGCAGGCUGUCAUGUCGUGCAAACAGCCCCACUGUAAUCUAACAAAAACUAGAUUACCGUGCAAACAAAGUAUUUUAUUACCUUCCUUUGCUGAAGAUGGGUGUGAGUGCAACUUUCUAUUGUUUUUAACCAGGUACAGAUUGGUUUUGUGUGCGGACAGGAAAAGGAGUUGAUGCCUGAUUUUAAAGGCAUUCUUAAGCUUUGGUACUCAGGGAAUACAUGUCCAUGCACCUAUAUAAUUAGUCCUUUCAAGGAGGAACAUUUAAUAUGAUUAAAUUCUUUUAAAUUGGCGGAGCAGCACUGUCAAAACAACAAAACCAAGAACCCAUAACCCUUGACAUUUUGAUUUUUUGCUCCAUGAAAUGUAAAAAAGACUUUUGUCGACCACCCACAAAGUGGAGUUGUACAAAGAGAUGGCUUGUCAGAAAUGUACCUCUUCUUGUGUCACAAACCUGAUCUUCUCCCCUAUCCUGCAAAUGAGACAACCUAGGAGCCCUGUCAAUUUGCUUGUGGGUUAGCUCUAAACUGAAUGUCCCGUUCCCCCCCCCCCCCCAAAAAAAAACAUGUCUUCUGUAGGGGGAAGAAUGGGAUGAGUUUGACCAGGUAGAGGUUGCACAAAUUCCAGUUAAAACAAAUAGUCUUCAUAAUGCUAAACAUCUAUUCACAUUUUUCAGUAAAAUUGGGAUGUUGCUGUGAUGCAUCUUCCUGAGGCUGUAAGUGAAGUGGACUGGUCUGUCUCAAGCUCCUUUCGAAAAUUAGCGCUGAGAAACAGAUCGGCAAGGAGAUUGCGUAUGUUGAAAUUGCAUAUGUUUUCCACCCCAAAUUACCUCCCAGUAAAAUGGUCCUUCUGUUACCACUUUUCCCUGGAUACUUUGGUCUGGUCUUCUUUGCUUUGUAUGGUCAAAUUCCUCCUUGGGGUAGGACUGUGUGCUAUGGCUCCUAUGUGGAGGCCAUUUGUAAUUGUGUGUGGCAGCUCACCACAUAGACUCUGUUUGGGGACUUCUUAAUUACACCCCUUCCAACCUUUCUUUUUCAUGAAAAUUGUCCAUGGCUCCUCGGUGAGCUGCUGCAUUAAUGGUCUGCCAUGCGGCAGGAGCCAUGACAUCAAGUGAUUUUUAAGGUAACCUUCAUCAGGCAACUGUAAAGCAUACAUCUUCAGUGAUAACGUUGUGCAGCAUCUUGUACACUGUAAGUCCGUUUUAGAGUUAAUGUCUUGGCAGCCUGUUGAUGUCUGCAUUACAAGUAGCCUGGUUUGGGGUGAAAUGUUUAUAUCCCAAAUGUGUGUUGGUUCACAAAGGAACCUUAGGGGUGCACAUUUUUUGAAAACUGGCUUUGGUUGCAUGUAAAGGCUUAUAGGAGUAGGUAGAAGAUCAUGUUUACAACCCUAUUCAUCCCAGAGACACGGUGAAAAGAUGAAACAAAUUCACAAUUAUCAGCACUUCCAUUGGCAAAUUCUCUUAUAAUGGGCGUGUCCCUGUAUUUGGCUACAUACCACUUCUCCCAGGAAGCUGUUCCUCACAAAUUGCAUUGUCUUACUGGUGUGGGCCCCUCCUUUGGAGUUGCUGCCAGAAUAGUACUUCCAGGUCUCUUAUCUGGGAUUUUAUCAUAAGAAAAUGGAAACUCCUCUACAGGGAGACUCACAGAGCGGGGUGUCCAGUUUGUAAGAAGUCGUGACACCAGUAAUAGUAACCCAUAAGAAAGUUGUAAGAGUCCAAGCCACAACUCCUGCCAUAUAUCCAUUUUAAUGGCAAUUCUCCUUUGCUGUAUGUUAUGCUGUGAUCUUAGUGCCAUACCAGGUGCACUUAUUGUAGUUGAUCUAAAUAAGGGCAAACACAACUUGUUGUUGGUGUAGUAAUUUUGGAAGUGAGGGUUGUUUGCUCGCCUUAGAGAGCAAAGACGACACUGCAAUAGGGGUACCAUGCGAUGCUGCUGGAGUGUGCGGCCUUUGUUGCAAACAUCCUGUUGUGCUGUCUACACAUGUGCUCGUCUGGAAUAAUUUUCUUUAAAUCUGCUUUUCUCUUGAAGGGGGUUAGGCGUUGAUGCAUGACAAAAUGGGAUGAAAUCAUCUGGGCGGAAUGGAGGGAGGGUGAUCUGGGCGGAAUUUCUUUCUUUCUUUCUUUCUUAAAUCAAGAACUGUACUGUAUCUCAUUUAAGCAUCUGGUGUUCUGAUCUUUUUGCUGGUUACAUUGAAGGGCACAACCAUGAAAGGGCAGCAUUUACUAAGCUGGAACUGAGAAUUGGCAUUCCUUCCCCUUCCCCUUUUCCCCCUCUUUCCAUAUUUUUUUUUGCAGCCAGAGGAGUCUGUCCUGAUUUUCUCUGCGCAGGAAGGCAUCAUUUUAACUCCUCAGUUCCUGGGACCACCAAGUUCCCGGCAGUGUUGCGGAUUGUAGUCCUAGCGGAGAAACCCAUAAUCUCAGAACUCCUGAGACGCGGUUUUUAUCAUUCAACAUAAAUACAGAUUUGCUGAUAGCAAGAUUUUUACUUUUCGAAUUUUUGCUAUACGCAGCAGUAUUUCUGCUUGUAUAAACAGCCUUGCCCCUAUUGAAGGAGGCUCAGUUUCAUAUCAGAGUGGCUAGUUAAAAGUAUUGCUUUAUCCCAACAUCAGCACUUAUUCGAAGUGGCUGUUGUGAACUGGGAACUUUGAGAACUUAAUCCGCCAUCAAGUUUUAUCAGUGGCGGGGUCCAGGCCACAUGAAUCUAUGUCCUUCCAAGCUAAUUUCAUCAUGGCUGUUUUUGAAGCAUUUGUGUUUGGUCAUAAUUCAUAGAUUCAUUCUGGGCAGUGUUUCUCCUGACUUAAGAAAGCACAACAUUUUAAAGAGAAACUCCCAUUUCCUCCCCUCUCCUCCUGAACAUACCCAAUCAGAAGGAUAUCCCAAUACCUCAGGAAGCUAGACCUGUACCUGUGCGCUCUUUUUAUUUCUGUCACUGCAGCUGCCUUAUUGGAGUGAGUUGAGUGUUUGGGGUGUUCUUAGUUUUUU